AUGACAGAAAUUCAGCAGAAAAUGGGGCCUCCAGACCCGGAGCAGCCCCGACCACCAGAGCAACGCGUGCGCAAGAGGCGCAGACGGACUAUGGCCUGCACGCAAUGUCGCAGCAGAAAGCUCCGGUGCGAUCGUGAAUAUCCCACAUGCGGCCGAUGUCUGAAGAGCAAGACCCCUACCAAAUGCACCUAUGAGGAUGGCUUUCUGUGGCAGCAACCCAAUACAGUUGCAUCGCCCGUCUUCUCCGACCGAGGUUCCACAGUACUGGCUCAGAUGCCCCGAGUCGAUCGGGCGCCCGCUCUCACUACCCCGGACUCGGGGAUAAGCAGUCUGCCGCCUCGGUCACAACCACCACCACUGCCAUCUACACCGCAUGGCCGUCAUGGAGAAGAGAAACGGAGCUUUCUCGAGACUGUUCUCGGGGCCCCCAAGGCGGGUGUCAACCAGGAACCGUAUGUGAACACCGAAGUGCUUCAGCGGCCCCGGCAUCCUCCUGAGAAUCGGCACGAGGCACAGCCACAGCCAUUGGAAGAUGACGAUGAGCUUGCAUCUCCUUCGCAGCAGCUAGAUAUCCUGCCGCGUAUAAUGAUGCGAGGUAAGGAGACCAAAACUCGGUUCAAUGGGUCGGGCAUACUUGCCAACUUGAUCGCGCAGUUCCCAGACAUCAGGUCAUUUGCGGAGGAGGUGCGACUGUCGAGUCCGAACCUUACACAGCUGCGCUUCGACCUGGAAAGGGUAAAGCGGGGUCUGUGGAAAAGAAAGCCGUUGAAUGAGUCGUUCCCAGUGCCCGACACAAAGUCGCUCAUCGACAUGCUGCCCACCCGUCGAACAGUUGAUGAACUAGUAGUCUUGUAUCUGACCUGUAUCGAGUCCACGCAUCGCAUCCUUCACGUUCCGUCCUUUCUCAAGGAGCUGGACGAGUUCUGGGCGCAGAAGGACAAUCCCAAUUUGGUAUCAACUGGCUUUGUCGUGCAACUCCUCCUAGUUCUUGCCUGCGCUUGGAAUCUAGCAGAUUUUGAUACUCUCCAGCUGAAGAACGAAGCUAGCCUCAAGUGCUAUACUCCGGUCGAGUGGGUUCUACACGUUGAAAAGUGGCUGGAUAACGCACAUAUCAAACGGCCAGAGAUUACGGCUCUCCGAAUACAGAUCCUCCUGAUCAUUGCCCAAAAUAGUUUCGGGAUGAAACGGAGCCAUGCCUGGCUUGCUACGGGAACGCUGGUCAAACAGGCCAUGAUAGCUGGAUAUCACCGCGAUCCUAGCCGGUACACCAAGAUCUCCGUCUUUAAUAAGGAAAUGCGCAGACGGAUCUGGACGACCAUUGUCGAACUCGACCUUCAGGUUGCCCUUGAACGGGGAAUGCCCCCCUCGGUUCAAGAAUCGGACUAUGAUACAGCUCCGGCCUCGAACAUCAACGACAAUGAAAUUCAGGAGACCAGUACAGAGCUUCCCGGAGAGAGGCCGCUCCAUGAAAUUACCGAUUCGUCCUUCCAAGCAGUUCUCACGCAAUCACUCCCAUUGCGCCUCAAAGCGUGCGCUCUGAUGCAUUCUCCUCGGAUCAGCUGCCGCUACGAGGAGAUUCAACGUCUGGACUGGGAGCUCGGGAGAUAUCUUCAGAAGAUCCCGGCUUGGCCGACUGCAGAGAACGACGACUUUCAGAGCAAGAACAAAGUCACUCUACUUAAAUCUCUUCUGGAGACAAAAGUCGCUCACAGUCUCUUGUCUGUUCAUACGCCUUUCGCAAUCGAAGCCCCACGAGAGCCACUCUUUGCACCCUCAGCCCGGUCACGCCUAGAGGUUGCCACCCUCAUCCUUUCCAACCAAAAGCGCCUUCAUGAAACGUCGAAACAAUUGUCUCUCUGUAAUUUUGGGGAGUGGACCAUGCAGGCAUUCUGUACAAUAUGUCAGAUAUUGCACGCGGGGAGUAGCGCCCACGCAUCUUCUCCUACAUUCCUCACUCACACACUACCGGGGCUUCCUGAAUCCCUCGUCUCGUUGCUCGAGAUGGUCUUAGCUUCUGUUGAGACGCGGCUUCUUCUUGUGGUCAAGGGCGCAAAGGAGUACUUCUUCAUGUCGACGCUCCUGGCGUUGGUCAAGGCGAAAUUGUGGCCGGCACAGGCGAAUGUCUAUAAACAAGAGGUUAUCGACCGCGUGAUCUAUUUUGCGCAAACUCUCUUUUCACGGCAUGCUAAUUGCGCGCACUUGGGCGAUCGAGGGCAGGGCUGCUUCGGAACAGAUCAGGUCCCUAGUUUGACACCUGGCCCUGGUAUGGCGCCUCCUCUUGCCGCAGACCCGAACGGCGCUCUUCAAUCACCAGGCUUCGGUAUCGUGCCUUAUGGAGAGAUAGACCCCUUCCUGGAGGUCUUUGACUGGGCGGACUUGACGGGGAUCACUCUGGGAGAAUGA